GUCCCGGGGAGCCCGCCCGGUGGCGGGGGUGGUGCUCGGGGCCGUUGCCCAGGCGAAGCGGCGCUGUCGGGCGGGAUCGCGCCCGGCCCGCCGGGCUGCCCCUCGGGACUGGGACAGCCCGCUUGGCACCAGGAGGCUUGUCUGUGGGUGCCACGGAAGCGCUGACUUUUCCUGCGCCCACGAGUAUCCGGGUCCGCGGGAGAGUCUGAUGGCGUCGUCUGGCAGCAGCCACCGUCAUCCUCCGGGAGCGCAUCCUGGAGGGAUCCUGGGCUGUCAUUGUGUCCUAUGUCUGGGAUAUGCCAGACAGGAGAGAAUGGGAGUCUGCGAAGAUCCUCUCUCGACUGGGGCUUUGUAAUUAAGAUCUUGCGCUUCGCAGAGCUACUCCGGAUACUGCAUUGACUUUCAGGCAUGAGAGAAAUCAGUGUGGCCCACAAGAACCAGUAGGAAAAAAAAGUCAUACCAUCAAUAUGGCACCUGUUUUAGAUUGGAAGAAGCUCAUGAAAGUUGAUCCAGAUACUCUGCCUCGUCAAGAGGAGCUAGCGGACAGAUUGCUGGAUAUCAUGAUCAAGGUUGAUGGGAAAGACUUAAACACUGAAACUCCAGAAAAAAUGGUACAGCUUUUUAAAAUUACUCAAUCACUACUGAAGAUGAAAGCUCAAGAGGUAGAACUGGCACUAGAAGAAGUUGAAAAAGCUGGGGAGGAACAAGCCAAAUGUGAAAAUAAUUUUAAAACCAAGCUGAUAAAACUUCAAAAUGAAUUAGAGAUGGCGCAAAAAUGUGCUUUUGGUCGUGAUACUCGUUUUUUGCGUGAUGAGAUCCACCAGCUGGAAAAGGAAUUGGAACAAAAGGAGAGACAGUUAACAGAUACAGAAAAGGAGUUGGAAAAGGAGAAGAAAGUGAGUGAACAGCUUGCUCUUCGAAUUGAAGAUGCUGAAAAUGAAAACAUCAGAUUCAGGAGAGAGAAUGAACAGUUGCGUCAGGAUGUGGUUGACUAUCAGAGGCAAAUAGAUUCUCAAAAAGAAGCAAUUCCAUUACGAAGAGGAGAGAUACCUGAUUACACAUCACAGCUGUCCAAAAGAAGCUCUGAGCUUGUCCAGUAUUUGGAUGAAAUUCAGAAUUUGACAGAAGCAAAUGAGAAGUUAGAGAUUCAAAACCAAGAAAUGAGGAAAAAUCUUGAGGAAUCAGUGCAAGAAAUGGAGAAGAUGACUGAUGAAUAUAGCAAAAUGAAACUAAUUGUGCAACAGUCUGAUAUUAUUAUGGAUGAGUUAAGAAAAGAGAAAGAUCGGUACAAAUUUCAAGUUCAGGAUCUUUCAGACCAGCUGAAAGCAAAGAAUGAGGAAGAUGAUCCACUCAUGGCAGCUGUAAACACAAAAGUUGAAGAAUGGAAGAAAAUCUUAUCUUCAAAAGAUGAUGAACUCCUACAGUAUCAGCAAAUGUUAUUUAACUUGGAAGAGAAAAUGAAAAUGGUCCAACUUGAUGUAGACAGAAACAGUAUACUGUCCCUUCAGCAGGGUAUGCAAGAGCGAGAUGCUCAGAUAAGAUUGCUCACUGAGCAAGUUGAACAGUAUACCAAAGAAAUGGAGAAAAAUGCAUUCAUUAUUGAGAAAUUAAAAUAUGAUCUCAAAAACGAUAAAGGUCACUCAUCUCUUGCUCAGCCAAACCAAACUGGGGAUAUGCAAGAAAAGUUUAAAAUGCUAGAAGAGAGAACUAUGGAGGCUGAGAAAUCAGCAGAAUUGGCAGAAGCACAUGCUAGAGAAAAAGACCAAGAACUUGUUGAGACUUUGAAAAGAAUGAGAGACUAUGAACUGGGAAUAUAUGGUUUGGAAGAAGCUGUUGCUGAAAUCAAAGAUUUAAGAAAGCAAGUCAAAAUACGAGAACAUGAGAUUGAGUCAUUAAUUAAGGAAGUCAAUAAACUUGAACUUAAAAUAAAUGAUCUUCUUGAUGAAAAUGAAGAACUCAGAGAGCGCUUAGGUCUUGAGCCAAAGACAAUGAUUGAUUUAAAUGAAUUCAGAAACAGCAAAGCACUGAAGCAGCAGCAAUAUAGAGCUGAAAACCAGAUUCUUUUGCAAGAGAUUGAAAGACUAGAAGAGGAAAGAAUUGAACUGAAAAAGCACAUUCGUAAGUUGGCUCAGGAGAAAGGAAGAAGAGUUGCAACAAUAGGGUUGGAUGCUGAUAAUAUGCAGAUGACUGAUAGCUUUACUGAAGAGAAGGGAAAGAAUACGAGGAGGUUGGAUUUCUUGAGCAAUCAUGGCACUGCUGAAGUAGAAGCAAAGAAUGAAUACCUUGCAACUGAAUUACGUGAGAGAGAGAGAGAUUUGGAGAAGAACAGGACUGUAAUGGCCAAAUUUCAAUCUAAAUUAAAAGAGUUAUCAGAAGAGAAUAAACAACUUGAACAAGGAAUGAAGGAAAUAUUGCAAGCCAUCAAGGAAAUGCAGAAGGAUUCCAGUAUGAAGGGAGGAGAAACAGCCUUAAUAAUCCCUAGUCUGGAUCGCUUAGUUCAUGCAAUGGAGUCAAAGAAUUCAGAGGGGAUCUUGGAUGCUGGUGUACACUUGAAAGCCCAGGUUGACCAGCUUACAGGACGAAAUGAGGAAUUGAGACAGGAGCUAAAAGAGACUCAGAAGGAGGCAACAAGUUUGUCUAAUCAGCUGGCAAGUGCCAAUGAAAAGAUUGAACAAAUGAAAAAUGAAAUUUCCUUAUUGCAUCAGUCAGAAGGUGCCAAUAUUGUCUUCCAAACAGUGAAUCUUCCAGAAGGAAUGGCUCCUUCAAGUGUUAAUACAAUUAAUUCUCUGAACGAAUAUUUGAUACAUCUUACACAGGAACUGGAAAACAAAGAAAAGUUGCUUAAACAAUUAGAAGAUGCAGUGGAGGACUACAAACGAAAAUUUGCUGUAAUUCGUCAUCAACAAGGCUUGCUGUAUAAAGAAUAUCAAAGUCAAAAGGAAACCUGGCAAAAAGAAUCAGAAAAUAUUAAAAAGGAAAUGAAAAAACUGGAAGAGGAAAAAGAAGAGGAUGCUACGAAAAUAAAGGCAUAUUCUAAUUUACUUGAUGCACUUGAGAAGGAUCCUGAUGAAACAAAGAAAGUACUUGCAGAAAAUAAUAGAAAAAUAACUGUUUUACGAGUUAAUGAAAAAUCACUAACAAGGCAGUGUACCACUUUACUUGAAAUGGAGCGGCACCUCAGAAAAGAAAAUGAUAAACUAAAGGGUGAAAUAACACAUAUGGAGACUGCAGUUACAGGGAAGAUUGGAAACUUGCAGCGAUUCAAGGAGAUGGCUUGCUUUAAGAUUUCAGCUCUGCAAAAAGUGCUGGACAGUAGUGUGCCAUUGUCUGAGCUAGAAGUGGCCAAUAAGCAGUACAAUGCAUUAACUGCUAAAUACAGAGAGAUGUUACAAAAAGAUAAUUUGCUUGUGCAACGGACAACAAACAUGGAACACAUGGAGCGUGAGAAUGAAUCCUUGAAAGAACAGAUAACUUCGUUGAAUAAGGAACUGGAGAUCACAAAAGAAAAACUUCACACUGUAGAACAAGCGUGGGAGCAGGUUACUAAACUGGGGGAUGACAAUGCCAUGGACAAAGCCACAAAAGCAAUAACCAACAGUGAGAUUUUGUCCAUUUCUAAGAAAAUCACCAUGUUGGAAAUGAAGGAACUAAAUGAAAGACAGAGAGCAGAGCAUUCACAACGAAUGUAUGAGCACUUAAGGGGCACUGUAAAGCAAAUAGAAGAACGUAAUUUUGAAUUGGAAACAAAAUUUGCUGAGCUCACCAAAAUCAAUCUUGAGGCACAGAAAGUGGAACAGGAAUUAAGGGAUGAACUGUCAAAAAGUGUAAGUAAGGCAGUAAGUGAUGCAGAUAGACGACAAAUUAUGGACCUAGAGAAGCAUGAGAUGGAGCUCAAGAUUGAAGUUUCAAAGUUAAAAGAACUGUCUGAUGUAGCACAAACACAAGUUGAAGCUCUGGAGGCACGCCAGCAAUACAGAGAUAAAGAAGUGGAAUAUCUUAGAAUGCAAAUUUUAGAUUAUCAGGCACAAUCAGAUGAAAAAGCAAUUAUUGCAAAACUGCAUCAAGAUAUCAUAGCCCUUCAAGGUAGUGAAUCUGUUGCUGUAGACCAAUUGGAGAAGUUUAAGUUGAAACUACAGAAGAUGGAGAUCCAUAAUCUACGUCUGGAGCAGAAGCUUGAUGAGAGAGAUCAAGCGUUAUAUUUUGCCCGACUUGAAGGAAAAAAUAGAGCCAAGCAUCUACAACAGACAGUUCAGUCUUUGCGGCGACAGUUUAGUGGUGCUCUGCCUUUAGCACAGCAAGAAAAAUUCUCUAAAACAAUGAUUCAGCUACAGACUGACAAACUGAAGGUCUUGGAAGAAGUUCAGCAUGCCCAGCAGGAGCGUAGAAAUGCAGAAAACAGAGCAUUAGAGCUGGAGUUGAAACUGAAAAGUUUAGAAGAAUUAGUAAGUGCAUUGAAGGAUACAAGAGGAGCUCAAAAGGUAAUUGUGUGGCACAUGAAAAUGGAGGAACUCCAUCUGCAGGAACUUAAACUCAGUCGAGAGUUAGUCAAGCAAAAAGAAGAGGUGAAGUAUUUGCGUAAUAUAAUUUCUGAAUAUGAAUGUACAAUCAGUAACCUGGAAGAAGAAAUUGUACAGCAGAACAAGUUUCAUGAAGAAAGGCAAAUGGCUUGGGACCAGAGAGAAGUAGAACUACAGCGCCAGUUAGACCAGUAUGAUCAUCAACAAACUGAAAUACUUAGCACCGCUUUAAAGUUUGAAGAGGCUGCAGGCUCAGUUCCAGACCCUAGUUUGCCAGUCCCACAGCAACUUGAGUUGGCUUUAAGAACGAUUCAGGAACAUAUUCGAACAAUCCUGGAAACUAGGGCAACCUGCAGAUCACUGGAGGAGAAAUUAGAAGAAAAGGAGACCGCUCUGUGGAAAGCUGAACAAAAUGUUAUAUCAAGAGACAAAGUUAUAAAUGAAUUAAGACUUCGAUUACCUGCAACAUCAGGAGAGAAAAUAAUGGCUGAAUUAAGCAAACAAGAAGAUGACUCAGAGUACCGUCAUGCCAUUAAAAUUGCUCAUCAAACCAUUGCAAAUAUGCAAGCAAGAUUAAAUCAAAAGGAGGAAGCGUUAAAAAGAUACCAAUAUAUGCUUGCUAAAGCAAGAGAGGAACAAGAGGAAAUAGCAAAGAAGCAUGAGGAAGACAUAAGAAUUCUACACCAGAAGUUAGAUUUGUACACUGACAAUUCCCUUAAUAACUUCAAAGAGACAGCUUUGGAGUUGGGGAAAAAGACUUCUAUGUCCCUAUCCAACAACAAAUAUUUUCAUCACUUAGAGCAAACUGUAGCAGAACAGGAUAAUUCUCUUGCUUCACUUGUUGGAGAAUUAAAGAAAACAUCAUCUGAUUUGGAGAAACAAAAACAAAUUACUGUAUCGAAAAUCAAUGAGUUUGAGACACUCAGAGCCCAGCUUCAAGAAAAGCACACAGUUGAUAUGGAACAAAUCAAAGAAGAAGCAAAUGAACUGAGGAACAUAUUGUCUCAGAAGGAGAAGGAAUUAGCAAAUGUUAAAGCUGAACUGGAGGUCCAAAAAGAAGCAAAUAAUAGAGCACCCACAGCAACCCUGAAAAACCUGGUGGAACAGUUGAAGAGCCAGUUAGCGAUAAAAGAGAACCAGCACAAAGCUUUGAGUAGAGCACUUCUAGAGCUCCGAGCAGAAAUGACUGCCAAUGCUGAACAGCAAAUUAUUUCUGCUGCGUCACAAAAAGAGGCACAGAUGAAUGUCCAGGAGAUUGUUGACAAACAAACCAAGGGGCUUAUGACACAGAUAGAGGAAUUGAAUAAUCAGAUGAUAAGACUUACAGAGAACCUUAAAAUAAGUAAAAGCAAGGAAGCUUUGUUGUCUGAUGAAAGGGAUGAGUUAAACCAAGAGUUUCAGAAGAAAGAAAAAGCACUUGCUAAAAUAUUGAAGGAAAAAAAUGAAAUAGAAAAAGAAAAUGAAGAACUGAAGAACCGAAUUAGGAGGCUAAGCAAUAGCAUUCAGAGCAAAGCUGAUGAACAAAAUCUGGUAGAUGUGCUUCAGAAAAAAAUUAAGAAGUUGGAAAGUGACCUUGAGAAAAAGUCUGAGGAAACAGAAAAGAAGGGUCUAAGAGAAGACAAGACCUCCAAGGAGGAAAUAAUUAGAUGGGAUGAAGGUAAAAAAUGGCAAAUGAAAAUGGAAGGAUUGCGGAACAAACUAAGGGAAAAGGAGAAAGACGCAGAUGCUUUAUCCAAACAGUUGAAUACAUUGAAGGAAAUUUAUACAAAGAGUGAAAAAGAGAAAAUUGCUCUGCAGAAGAAACUGAAAACUACUGGCGUCACUGUUGACCGUGUUGUUGGAGUAAGAGCCACAGAAACUGAAAAAGAAGUGGAAGAACUAAGAAAACAGAAUCUAGAGUUAGAAAAUGAAGUUGCACACUUGAGAACACUGCAAGCAAUCCCACGAGACUCUGUUGUGGAAGAUUUACACUUCAAAAAUCAAUACCUCCAGGAAAAGCUUCAUGCAUUGCAGAGACAAUGUUCAAGAGAGACAUUUUUGAAACCCUCGACAUCAGCAACAGGAUCAAGUGAUCAGUAUCGAAGACAACAAGAAAAGGAAAAUUUAAGAUUGUCAUCUGAAAACAUUGAGCUAAGAUUCCAAAUAGAGCAAGCCAAGAAAGAUUUGCCAAGACUAAAGGACCAAGUAGAGGAUUUGAAAGAAAUGUGUGAACUUCUCAAAAGAGAGAAAGCAGAAGCUGAACGAAAGCUGAACAGCAUUAGAGGGGCUGGUAGAAGUGGAAAGACAGUCCCAGAACUGGAAAAAACAAUUGGCUUGAUGAAAAAGGUUGUAGAGAGAGUCCAAAGAGAAAAUGAAGAACUGAAAAAAGCUCCAGCUGUGGUUUCUAAUGAGAAAUUACUUGGUCUUGAGCAGGAAAAUGAGAGGCUAAAGUCUGAAAUGGAAAAAAUGAAACUUGAUCUGGAGGGCCAGCUGAAUGUGCAUUAUGAAUCUAAAACCAAAGGAAUGGAAAAACUCAUUACUGAAAAUGAGAGACUGCGUAAAGAACUGAAAAAGGAAGCUGACAGUGGAGAGAAGCUACGAAUAGAGAAGAAUAACUUGGAGAUAUUAAAUGGGAAGUUAAAUGUUCAGCUGGAGGAAACCAUUAAGAAGCUAAAUUUGGCUGAGAGCCAAUUUGAUGGAGCUGACAGCAGAAACUGGAAGUCCAUUGUAACAAGAAUGCAGGAAACUAAGUUGAAGGAAAUGGAAACGGAUAUUGCUAAAAAAGCCCAAAGCAUUGCAAACCUUAAACAGCUGCUUCAGGAAGCAAAAGAACGUGAAAACAAUGCUGAUAAAAAUUUACAAGAUCUAAAAGAACAAGUACCUGGUACUGGUGCUUCUCAGUGUAAGAUUGAGCAUCUUAAACGUCUUCCUGAAGGUGCAGGGACAGAGCAAAACAUCAUGAAGGAGCUUCAGCUUUUAAGAUCAACUAAUAAUCAGUUAGAGAAAGAAAAAGCAGAACUACUACAUCAGAUGAAGGCUUAUAAGAAUGAAAGACACACCUCUACAAGUGAAGGUCCUGCAGCUGGACAUAAUGAAACUGUAGAGGAUAAAAUUGACAAACUACUGAAAGAAAUUGAUGACCUCCAGUCACAGCUGGAGGUUUCAGAGCUCGAAAAACAGAAAUUAAAGGAAGAGACAAAAGAGCUGAGAAGAGAACUAGAGACCUAUAAUCCUUCCUUUUUUGAAGAACUUGAGGAUCUAAAAUAUAACUACAAGGAAGAAGUAAAAAAAAAUAUUAUCUUGGAAGAGAGAUUGAACCAGCUUUGUGAAGAGUUUGGCCUUCAGGAUAGUCCAGGCAAUAUUUCUGUUGAUUAGGGUAGCGUUUCGUAUCCUCAUCAUUGAUACAAAAAAUAAAACUGUCUGUUUCUCUUGGAAUUAUACAAGUCUCUUAAAGUUAUGUUAAUCUGCACACACCUAAGAGGGCAGAAUUGGAUUAUUCAACAGUUAAUUGUCAGUAUUUAUAUACAACAGUCAAAACAAAAGCAAGUUUUAUCUCUCCCAGCUCUUGUGCAAUAAUCUAUUUUUAUUCAAAAUAGUUAAUUUGGAUAAUAAGGUGUCAGGUGAAAUUGCAACUUUGGGCUUCUUUUAAAAAUUAAUAAACCUUUAAACUGUCAGCAUACUAAGUAUGCUAAAUCCCAGAUCAGUAAGAUUAUGUAAUUUGCUCUUGUUGUCAUGUGCAACCAUAAUGUUUAACUCUGAACUCAGGGUGAGUGUACUGGAUGCCUGUUCUUACAUUCCUGGUUAUUUUUACCUCAAUGUUAAAAAAUCCAAGAACAAAGAACUGAAAAUGAAGCUAUAGUAUUUCAGACAAACCACUGGUAUUUUUGUACAUAAUUGAUUUUUCAUUUUGUUUAUUUUAUAUUGCUGGAUGUAUAGUUUUAUAGCAGAGAUGAAAUAAAGCCAACUCAAAUGAUCAU